AUGGACCAGUCACAGUUCACUCUCUUCCGCUAUCUCCCUUCCGAGAUCCGAGUGCAGAUCUGGCUGGCCGUCCCGCGGCCGACGCGCGUCAUCGGCCUGGUGAUGUGCACCUUCUGCGGCGACGGCGUUCCUCCGGACCAGAAUUGUGUCAACCUGAACCACCCGGACUGGCACUUCCGCUACGUCGUCCAGCCGCGCAGUGAGGCCGUCUUCCCGCCCCUGCACGCCUGCGCCGAGUCGCGCGAGGUGUGGCUGAAACACUACCACCGCCCGCCGCGCUACCUCGACGUGCCCGAGUACCUGCAGGACCCGCUCACCGGCAUCACCGGCAGGCUGGAACGGCCCUACCGCAUCCGCUUCGACGUCUGCCGCACGGUGGUAGACGGCGGCCCGGGCGGCGGCGACCGCUUCUGGACCUGCACCCCGUUCGACGCCUUCCACGGUCUGGACCGCACCCGCAUCGAGCACGCCGGCGUGCACCCGGUGCCCGCGCAGGCUGACUUCCUCGACGCCCUCCUGCAGCUGGACGUGCUGAGCCUGCCGCGGCUGCGCGCGCUGACGCUGCUCACGCCGGGGCCCGACCCGCGCCGCGGCACCGGCUGGCUGAGCAUGAACUGCCGGGACCUGGGCCGGAGCUCUUUCGAGUGCGAGCUGCGCGACGUGUCGCCGACCCAGCUCAUGCGCCAUCCGUUCUUCGGCACGCACGCCCCGCGGCCGCUGGGGAACGCCACGCCGGCGCGCCGGCGGCCCCUCCGGCAUGUGGUGCUCUACGCCAAAGCGCUGCUGUGGCACAUCGCGCACAGUCAGCAGGGAGACGGCUUCUACCGUGUCGCGUGCCUGCUGCAGCCCGAGUACAUGUUUGGCGAUUCGACCGAGCCCUGCCCCCUCGCUGGGUUGGCUAUGGCGUGGUGCAGCGCCAGGGGGCAUACUCGGAGGGACAUCCUCGAUUGGAAGCCGCCCUUCCGUCUAGACGUGAAGCUCCUCUGUGAGAAGGGCAUGGCCGCCGAGCUGGAUCGAGUGGGAUUGCUUGAUGACGAGAGGACGAAUUACGAUGUUUUUGAGUGUUUCUUUAAUCUUGAGAGUGCGGCAAGAGGAAGUUUCUUCCCCGCCUAA